AAAUGAAAUGUUCCAAUAUUAAUUAAGUUAAGUUAUUUAUUUAAUAAGGAAAAAAAAUUGUACAUCAUCAUGGUUGGAUCGUUGAUGCUAUGGAAGUUAAUGCAUUGUAAACGUUUCAAGAGAUCUUCAAGGAACAAUAAGAAAGGAAAGAAUUUCGAUAUCCCUGUAUCUUCUACAGAUCCUUUAAUUACUCCGAAAAUAGAAGUAACCGAGGUAAGCAAUACGUGUAGAGUUUGUCUUAAAAAUGGUGAGAUUCCAAUAUAUGACGAUAAUCGUACACAAGAUAUUUCUGAAGCAUUAAUUAACUUCGGCGGUAUAGAAAUAACACCUGACGAUGAAUAUCCAAAAUUUCUAUGCGAAUCUUGCUAUUCACUUUUACGAGGCGCUAUUUUAUUUAGAAAAACCGCUCAAGAUUCCGAUCAAAUAUUACGAUGUCCUCAGAAAGAAUCUGAUAAUGAAAGCAUUAAUGUAACAGACACAUCUUUUGAAUACGAUAUAAAGGAGAAACAGCGAAAAAAGUACAUUUGCAAGAAAUGCGAUAUCGAUUUCGAUACAUUUACAGAAUAUAGUGAACACAGAUUAUCACAAGAGCAUGAAAAUUUGAGGCAUACAUGUCCGGUAUGCAAGAAUUCCUACAGUUCGUUAUACUUUAAGAAACAUAUGGCUAUACAUACAUUAGACUCAUCAUAUGUAUGUGAUAUUUGUGGUAAAAAGUUUAUAGUAAAAGGUUUAUUUACUCGUCAUAGACAGACUCAUUUCAACAACUUUCCGUACAGUUGUUCUUUAUGUCCAUAUAAAGGUAGAUUUAAAGAAUCAUUGAAGAUGCAUAUGAGACACCAUACUGGAGAAAAGCCUUACCAAUGUACACAUUGUCCUAGCAAAUUUGUGAACAAAAGUAAUUUAAAUAAACACAUGUUGAUACAUAAAGAUGGUUUUGAUUUUAAUUGUGAGAAUUGUGGUAGGGGAUUUAAUUACAAAAGAUCUCUUGAACAACAUAUAAAAGUUGAUCAUAAUGGUGUAAAAGACCAUAUUUGUAAUUUAUGUGGAAAAGCAUUUGGGUAUAGGAAGCAAAUGAUGAAACAUCAAUUAAGAGUUCAUAAACGAGAGAAAUUUAAAAGCGGCAGAAUGCCGUUGUAUCUCCAAAUAGAAAAUAAAGAACAAUUACAAAAUUAGACAAAUAGAAGACCUUUAGAAUAGUAAAUAGAUAUGAAAUCAAUUGAAAAACUAAGUUAAAUCUUCAUGCAAAUUGUACAGGUUUUUUUAAAUACCUGCACGAACAGAUUUUUCAAGAUUUGGAACAGACAUAGACUUGGAUGAACAUAGACUAUAAGUAGUCUAUAUUAUUAAGUAAAACUUAACUUAGGGCCUGUCCCACUACUCGCUGAGAGGCUCAGAUAGCUUAAAAAUGUUGACCAUCAGAAACAUAAUCUGUUAUUUUCAUCACACUUUACAUGUUGGAUUGUUAUCAGACACUUUACAAUUUGGUAGGCCAGGCCCUUAGUAAGCUAAGUUUAAAUAAAUUCCAUGCCGAUGAAGUCACAGGUGCAAGUGUUUAUUAUAUACAAAUUAUAUUGUUCAUAUAUAUAGUUAAGUUAUAGUUAAUUAUUUCACUGUAUAACAUAUUUUCUAUAAUCAAUGUUUAUGAAUAUAGAUUUAAAGCAGAAAGUGUUUAUAUUGUAGUUCCAAUCCAUCUGGACAAAUAAUUUAAGUUAAGAAACCAUUAUUUUGUAAUCUAUAAUAAUAUUAUAAAGAUGAAAGAUUUUAGAAAUUCUUUCACCGUUAAAAAGGUUUUUUAUCUGUGACAUGUUUAUUUCUAUUUUUAAAAUUUCACACAAGCAAAGUCGCCAGCAAGUUAGUUAUAGAUAAACCACAAUCAGCAUAUGGUUUCUGGUUGGGUUUUACGUUUUUGGUUGCAGUAAUUAUUGUUACAAAACCAGCUACAUAUAAACUAUACAACUGUACAUAACUAGAUAUGAAUAAAUUAUUAUAAAAUGAGAUAAAUGCAGUUAACAUUUGUAGAAAUUUCUAUUUUGUUGUAAAAAGGA